AUUUUUUUUUUUUUGACAGAAAAUAAAAACAAGUGAUUACACAUUCAUAUUGUUUGGCUAUCUUGUUUUUGUUUAAUUUGCCAUUGAUACGCAGUAUUCUUGUUGAUUUAUAACACGAUAGCAUAUUAUGACGAUACAUAAUUUAUAUAUUUUCGAUAAAUUUGGCACAUUACUAUAUUAUGCUGAAUGGAAUCGGAUUAAACAGUCGGGCAUAACGCGAGAAGAGGAGGCGAAACUCAUGUACGGAAUGUUAUUUUCCAUAAAAUCAUUCGUGAAUAGAAUCUCACCGACGGAUCCAAAAGAAGGUUUCCUGUUUUAUAAAACAAACAAAUAUGCAUUGCAUUAUUUGGAAACGGCAUCUGGCCUAAGAUUUGUACUGAAUACAGACACAAGUGCGGUUUCGGUCAAAGAGUUCCUACAACAAUACUAUGCAAAAGUUUGGGUGGAGUAUGUUGUAAAGAAUCCACUUUGGGUACCCGGAACACCCGUCACAUCCGAUUUAUUCAAACAAAAAUCCGAUCAGUACAUACGGCAGUCAUCGUUGUUUGCAUCGAAAAGCGCAUAAAAUACACACAACUCAGAUUCAAUUCCAUGCUAUUAUUUAUUGUGGUUUUUUUUUGUAUUUAAGUUUCAAUAAAUCGAUAACAAUUCA